CGUGCCCCAAAGGAGUAGCUAGCGGGUCUUCUAGGUCGGUAAUGGAGAUUGCAGUUCUUGUUGCUGCCGCCGCCACCACCGCCACCGCUACCCCGCCGAUUCAUCGAUCGAUGAUCUCCCGAUCGGUUGAGGCAGACGCGGGGACCUUAGUUCCUUGCAGUACUCCUACCGGUGCGGUUGUGUUCGCUCGAUCCAUUUGUGCUGUGCUCUGUAGUCCGUUGUAGUUCAGGAGUGAAAAUGCCGAUCGAUAUUAAGCGUGUGCUCGUGUGCGAUGCAGUAGAUAAUGCGUGUGUAAAGCUACUGCAAGAUCAUCAGAUCCAGGUCGAUUACAAGCUGAAACUCACGAAAGAUGAGCUGGUGAAAGAGGUGAAGAAUUAUGAUGCUCUCAUCGUACGGUCCGAUACGAAGAUUACUGCCGAAAUCCUGGAUGCUGGUGCGGGUCGAGUGAAGGCCGUCGGACGGGCCGGAGCUGGUGUGGACAACAUCAACAUCGAAGCGGCCACCAAGAACAAUGUGCUGGUACUCAACACCCCGGGCGGUAAUUCCAUAUCCGCUUGUGAGCUCACGUGCUUCCUGAUCGGUGCACUGGCUCGGCCCAUCUGUCCGGCUGCUACCAGCAUGAAGGAGGGCCGCUGGGACCGAAAGCUCUACUCCGGUACGGAGCUGUACGGUAAAACGUUGGCCAUUCUAGGGCUGGGACGUAUAGGGCGUGAGGUUGGCAUCCGGAUGAAUGCGUUCGGGAUGCGGGUGAUCGGGUACGAUCCGAUUACGACGCACGCCGAGGCGAAGGCGGCCGGCAUCGAGAAGCUCGAACUGGAACAGAUCUGGCCCCAGGCAGACUACAUUACCGUGCACACGCCGCUCAUACCGGCCACCAAAAAUCUGAUCUCAACGGAAACGCUCGCUAAAUGCCCGAAAGGCGUGCGCGUGAUUAACGUGGCCCGCGGUGGCAUUAUCGAUGAGGCGGCCCUGCUGGCAUCGCUCGAAAGUGGCCACUGUGGUGGGGCGGCAGUAGAUGUCUACCCGGAGGAACCACCGAAAUCGGAAACCACCAAGAAGCUCAUCAAUCACCCGAAGGUGGUCGCUACACCGCACCUCGGUGCCAGUACAUCCGAGGCGCAGGUGCGCGUCGCCGUCGAGGUUGCCGAACAAUUCAUCGCGCUGACGGGCAAAUCGACCGUCUACACGCAGUACGCCGGUGUGGUUAAUCGGGAGGUUUUGAAGAAUGUCUUUUAAAUCGAAUUCAACUCCAUCACAGCCCGGCAGGCACCGCCAGGAUGCCUUUAGCUGCAGGCAGCCACCUAUUUUUAGGAAACAAUUUUCGCUCCUUUAAGGACUAUAUAUUAGUACACCAUCAUACUGGGGGCAUUCCAGUGGCACCGCAACACGCCAUAAUGUUUUCCACAAAGGAGGGAAAUCAAUCAUCACACGACAUGACACCGGCGCGGCGACAAAGAAACGAUCGUGAUGACGUCACGAUAGGAUGGUGACUAAUGAAAUGCUACCGCGCGCCAGUCGGUGUCACCAGAGAGUAAUCGGAUACCACACACAUUUGUCAAAUAAAGGGAAAAGCAAAUAGGAACCAUCCCAAAACGGGAUAAUUGGGAAGGAAUGCAAAUAAAGUGGUUUCAAUUCGCCUAGAAAGAUGAUAUAAGUCAAUAGCUUUUGACCUUCGG